CAUGGUGUUUGUUUCAGAGUCAUUUCAUAGUUAUAGUAGAAUGACAGGGACGGGCAGAUGAAGACGCAGGGGAUUGGUCUAAAUCCUAGGAUCAUCUUACAUAAAAGGUGGCUAGCCUAUGCUUAAGGGUAGCUCAGUGCAUUACUGGAUUCUAGAGUCAUGAGUGGGUGUCCAUUUUGGGAAAACAAAUAUCAAUUUAAUUUUAGCAAGCUGUCUUUGUCAGAUGCGGAAGAUAAGUCACAAGAAGGGCAAAAUAAAGCUAACAAAGGGGGCCUUAUCUAUGGAGACUAUUUACAGCUAGAAAAAAUAUUGGAUGCUCAGGAGCUUCAGAGUGAAAAGAAGGGGAACAAAAUCCAUGACGAGCAUCUGUUUAUUGUGACCCACCAAGCCUAUGAACUAUGGUUCAAGCAGAUUCUGUGGGAACUGGAUUCUGUCCGAGUGAUAUUUCAAAAUGGUCACGUGAGAGAUGAGCGGAACAUGUUGAAGAUUGUUACUCGCAUGCACAGAAUAUCAAUGAUCCUUAAGUUACUCGUGGAACAAUUUUCUGUUCUAGAAACCAUGACAGCCCUGGACUUUUUUGAUUUCAGAGAUUAUUUGAGUCCAGCAUCUGGAUUUCAAAGCUUACAGUUUCGAUUAUUGGAGAAUAAGAUUGGUGUCCCUCAAAGCCUGAGAGUCCCGUACAACAGAAGACAUUACCGGGAUAACUUCAAAGGAAAAGAAAAUGAAUUACUGCUGAAAUCUGAGCAAGAGCUAACCCUGCUGCAGUUAGUGGAGGCGUGGCUCGAAAGAACACCAGGACUCGAGCCAGAAGGGUUUAAUUUCUGGGGAAAAUUUGAAAUGAAUGUACUUAAAGGACUGGAAGAAGAAUUCGCAAUGGUGCAGGUCAAAGAGGACUCAGAAGAAAAAGAAGACCAGAUGGCUGAAUUGAAGAAACAAAAGGAAGUGCUUAUUUCAUUGUUUGAUGAAAAACGCCAUGAGCACCUUCUUAGUAAAGGUGAAAGAAGGUUGUCCUAUAAAGCAAUGAAAGGAGCUUUAAUGAUCUACUUUUACAGAGAAGAACCUCGCUUUCAGAUUCCCUUUCAGCUUCUCACGUCACUUAUGGAUAUUGACGUAUUGAUGACCAAAUGGAGAUAUAACCACGUGUGUAUGGUACAUAGAAUGAUUGGCAGCAAGGCUGGCACAGGAGGGUCAUCCGGGUAUCAGUACUUACGCUCUACUGUGAGCGACAGGUACAAAGUGUUCGUUGACUUGUUCAACCUUUCAACAUAUUUGGUGCCAAGACACUGGAUACCAAAGUUGAACCCGACCGUCCAUAAAUUCUUAUACACGGCAGAAUACUGUGACAGUUCUUACUUCAGCAGUGACGACUCCGACUGAAAACCAUCCUUGGAUAACCCUUGCAAAUAACUGUAUUGUAAUGGAAAGAAUUUUGGUGCUUUAAUCAAAUACCUUAUACGUAAUGAAGUAUAUGCUUAUAUAUUUAUACAAAAUAUUAUGUAGCUUUUAAAGCAUAAACUGUAUAUAACUGUAUUUCAGACAAGACUAUGUAAUAAAAUUUAA